ACCUUCACUAUGAGGGGAAUCACAUUAGCACUAGUACUCACCCUAGUGGGGUGCCAGAAAUAUGACAUUGACCCCAACUUUAGUAAAAGCAAAACCUGUGUGUACAACUAUGAAGGCCUUAUUAUGCAUGGACUGCAAGAAAGAGGUUUGGCGAAGGCUGGGCUACGAAUAACCAGCAAACUAGAGAUUAGUUCAUUAACAGAUAAUACUUACCUCCUCAAGGUCCGAUCGCCACAGCUGGAGGAAUACAAUGGAAUCUGGCCGAGAGAUCCAUUCACUCGAUCUUCCAGACUCACCCAGAUGAUCACUUUAUGUUUGAGCCGGCCCUUUACAUUUGAAUACUACAGUGGACGGAUUGGCAAUGUUUAUGCCCCAGAAGAUUGCCCUGUCUUGUGUAUUAACAUAAUGAGAGGGAUUCUGAACAUGAUGCAUAUUACCAUCAAGAAGUCACAAAAUGUGUAUGACUUACAAGAGGCUGGAAUUGAAGGCAUCUGCCACACAAGGUAUGUCAUCCAGGAAGACAGGAAGAAUAACAGAGUCUCUAUUACUAAAACCAAAGACCUAAGCAAUUGCCAGGAUAAAGUGAUGAAGAACAUUGGGAUGUCUUACAUCCGUCCUUUUCCUUCUUUUCCAGUGAAAGAAAAGAUCGUAAAAGGAACUGCUGCAUUCACCUACAAAUUGAAAUAUGCAGAACGUGGUGCCCUGAUCACAGAAGCUAUGUCCCAGCAGGUGUAUCAGAUCUCCCCAUUCAAUGAACCUGCUGGUGUUGCUGUUACGGAAGUAAGACAAGAACUGAGCUUAAUUGAAGUGAGAAGUGAACAAGUGAGCCCCCCUGAAGUUCAGCUGCAAAAUAGUGGAAGCCUUCGUUAUGAUUUCCCACCAGUACUACCACAGAUGCCAAUUCAACUAAUUAAGAUGAGAAACCCUGAGCAACGGAUAGUGGAAACUUUGCAACACAUAGUCCAGUACAACCAGCAGGACUUCCACUCAGAUGUCGCAUACAGGUUUUUAGAGCUCAUCCAGCUGUCUCGGGUAGCAACUGUGGAUAACUUUGACUCUCUUUGGAAGCAAUUUUCAGACAGACCUCGCUACAGGCGAUGGUUGCUGAGUGCAAUUUCUGCAGCAGGCACUGUGGAUACAGUGAAGUUCAUUAAAGCAAGACUUCGCAGUGAUGACCUUAACUACAUCGAGACACUUCUGACUGUUUCUGUUACCCUCCAUUUAAUAAAAGCUGAUGAGCAUAUAAUGCCCGUAGCAGCAGAUCUAGUGACCACUUCCCGAAUUCAGAGAAAUCCCAUGCUUCGCAAGUUUGCUUACAUGGCAUACAGUUCCCUGGUAAACAGAUAUUGUUCCAUGUCUUCAUCUUGCCCUAAUGAAGUCCUUCAGCCCCUCCAUGACCUCGCUGCUGAGGCGCUCAGCAGGGGCCGUGAGGAAGAUAUGACUUUGGCUUUGAAAGCCAUUGGCAAUGCAGGAGUACCAGCCAGCAUCAAGCGCAUCCUCAAAUUCCUGCCUGUGUUUUCAUCUAGUGCUUCUGAUAUCCCAGUCUAUGUUCAGGUUGAUGCUGUGAUGGCCUUAAGGAAAAUAGUCCAGAAGGACUUCAAACAAGGGCUAGACAUUCUCAUCCGGCUCUUUAUGGACCGUUCACUUUCUCCUGAAGUACGAAUGAUAGCCUGUGUUACCAUCUUUGAAGCUAGACCUGCUCUUCCUCUGAUAACAACCAUGGCUAAUAUGAUGCUGAGCGAGACCAAUUUGCAAGUGGCCAGCUUUUUAUAUUCGCACAUGAAGGCUUUGUCAAAAAGCAGGACACCGUAUCUGUACAAUAUAUCGUCUGCUUGUAACAUUGCCCUUAAGCUACUGAGCCCUAAACUUGAUAGACUGAGUUAUCGUUACAGCAAGGUUGUGUGUGCUAGUGCUUACUUUGGUGAAUAUAGGGCUGGUGCCAUUGGAAAUGUCUACCUUAUGAACAGUCCAAAAACAAUGUUUCCAUCAUCUAUAAUCUCCAAUUUGGAGGUACACUAUGAUGGUGCAAUUGCUGAUUUGCUAGAGGUUGGCAUCCGAGCGGAAGGUCUCAUGGAUAUUGUAAGGAAAAAGAACAUUCCAUUUGCUGAAUAUUCCACGUACAAAAAGAUAAAGGAACUUGGGAAGACACUGCUGGGAUGGAAGGAGCUGCCUCCAGAAAACCCUUUAUUAUCAGCCUACGUCAAAUUAUUUGGCCAAGAGUUGGCCUUUACUAACAUCAAUAAGAAUCUCCUGGAGCAGGCUGCAAAGACUCUUAGGGAACCAACAGAUAGGCAAGCAGUGGUGAAGAAAAUAAUUCAACAAAUCCGAAAUGGCAUUGCAGGCCAAUGGACUCAGCCAGUGUUCUCAGGAGAAAUUCGACACAUUAUUCCUACCAGUGUCGGUCUACCUUUGGAAUAUGCCUUAUAUAGUACUGCUCUGGCACGUGCUGCAGUAAAUGUCAAUGUAAAGAUGUCCCCUGGUGAUUUUAGGCCUUCACAGUGGACUGAAUCUAGCAUGCAAAUCCGUGCUGAUAUCACCCCUAGUUUAUAUGCUCAAGCAGUGGCAGUGAUGGGAACCAAUACAGAGUAUUUCCAAUCAGCUAUUGAAAUUCAGGCCAAAUUGCAAGCAAGAGCUCCAGUGAAAUUUGACGCCACGUUGGACAUGAAAGAGAAAAAUUUUAAGUUUGAAACAGCUCCGUGCCGUGAGGAGACUGAGAUAAUAACUGGCAGACAUGAAGCUUUUGCUGUAUCAAGAAAUAUAGGAGAACCAGGUGCAGAAAAGAAGAUACCAGUUCUUCCUGAAAAUGCUGUAAAAAAUAUCUUGGAGGAGCCAUUCAAAUCAUCAGAAAGAACUUCAAAAGAAGCCUCCUGGACGCAGAGAGGUGUAUCUGAUAUCCCAGCUAAGAAAUAUUUCUAUGGUUCUGAAGAGGAUCUUCACCACAGUACAGGAAGAAGAACACGUGCACAAGCCAUUUGCAUCAAGAUGUCUCGUUUUGGUUGCCAGCUCUGCUUUUACAGAAAAACACGAGAUGCCACUUUCAUGAAAAAUACAUAUCUGUACAAAUUUAUUGGAGUACAUAAUGGCCAACUUGUUAUGAAACCAGUCCGUACAGAUGCUGCCAUUGACAGAAUCCAGCUAGAGAUUCAGGCAGGAUCCAGAGCAGCUUCCAAAGUAAUCCAGUUGGUAACACCAGAGUCAGAGGAGGAGGAGGAGGAGGACUUUUCUCCAGAUGAUGAGAUUCAAACUAAGCUGAAGAAGAUCCUAGGAAUUGAAAGUGUGUUCAGGGUUGGAAAUAGAACUCACCGCCAUAAGAAGCAGAAGAAACAAAAGAUCCAGACCACAGACCUCCAGGCAGAAACCAGCGCUAAGCACAGAUCUCUUUCAUCCUCUUCCCCCUUUACUGCCACUUCUUCUUCCUCUUCUGCUGCUGGUGGGAAGAUCAAAAAUAAAGAGGAGGGUGGCACAGCCCGGCAAUCAAAGAACAAAGAUGCAAAAAGAAGAAAAAGCAGUAGUGCCACCAGCAGCCAAGACAGCAGUGAUAGCAGCAGCAGCAGCAGUGGUGUGACAGGGUCACCUGGCAGCAGGCAUCUAUCAAGACAAGGUACUAAGAGUCCAAACAGUAAGAGCAGCAGCAGCAGCAGCAGCAAAGAUAGCAGCAGCAGCAGCAGCGAUAGCAGCAGCAGUAGCAGCAGCAGCAAAAGUAGCAGCAGCAGUGGUGUGGCAGGGCCACAUGGAAGCAAGCAUCUCUCAAGACAGCGUACUAAAAGUCCAAACAGUAAGAGCAGCAGCGACAGCAGCAGCAGCAGCAGCAGCAGUGACAGCAGCAGCAGCAGCAGCAGCAGUGACAGCAGCAGCAGCAGUGACAGCAGCAGCAGUGACAGCAGCAGCAGCAGCAGCAGCAGCAGUGACAGCAGCAGCAGCAGCAGUGACAGCAGUGGGAGCAGCAGCAGCAGUAGUGAGAGCAGGGAUUCUAAAGUUCAGGGGCUUCCAGAGAUCUAUCAGUAUCGCUUCAAGUCGGCACGCUGGCAGAAGUACCCGAAGAAGACCAUUCCAGGUGGCAGCACUAGCAACAGCAGCUCUUCCAGUUCUUCUACAAUGGAAGACACCUCCAAAGCAGCUUCCCAGCUUAAAUUCUUGGGAGACAAAACAUCACCAGUACUGGCUGUUAUUCUUCGUGCUGUCCAAAAUGAUAAAAAGCUGGCAGGCUUCCAGCUUGUGGUGUACUCAGAUUGGUACUCUAGCAGACCCAGGAUACAAGUAUUUGUGUCAAACAUCACAGAAUCAGGCAGAUGGAAACUCUGUGCUGAUGCUUCAGUCAUCAGUUCUCACAAAGCAGCAGCUUAUCUGAAAUGGGGCAAGGAUUGUCGGGACUACAAAAUUUCUACAGAGAUUGUAACUGGUCAGUUUGCUGAUCACCCAGCUGUACAGAUGAAACUGGAGUGGCCUAAAGUUCCUUCAAGAGUCAAGGCAAUUGCACAAUGGUUUUACACAUUCAUCCCAGGAACUGCAUAUAUGUUAGGUUUCUCAGAAAAAACAGACAAAAAUCCUUCUCAGCAGGCCAAGAUGACUGUGGCUUUAACUUCUCCAAGGACUUGUGAUGUUGUCAUCAAAUUGCCUGACAUAAUCAUUUAUGACAGAGCAGUCAGGCUCCCAGUGCCCCUCCCUCUCGGUCCAAGCAUACCAUCUUCAGAAGUGCAGUCUCCUUCCUGGAAUGUGUUUGCUGCAGCACCAUUUGCAAUCCUUGAGACUCUUAAAGCUCAUUGUUCAGUUUCUGACAACAACAUCACAACUUUCAAUGGAGUUGAAUUUAACUACUCAAUGCCUGCAAACUGCUACCACAUCUUGGCUCAGGAUUGUAGCCCAGAACUGAAAUUCCUGGUGAUGAUAAAGAACCCAGAAGAGUCUGACCUGAAAGAAAUGAAUAUCAAGCUUGGUCAUCAUGAACUGGACAUGUAUCCUGAAAGUGGGAUUAUCAAACUCAGGGUCAAUGGUGUUGAAACCCCGGUAGCAAACAUCUCAUAUACAACUGACUCUGGUGCUUCUGUAACAGUCAACAGUGAGGAGGAAGGAAUAUCACUUGUAGCCCCAGACUAUGGCAUUGAUAAAUUAUAUUUUGAUGGACAUGAAUUCAAGGUUCAAGUUGCUUUAUGGAUGGCUGGAAAAAUAUGCGGUAUUUGUGGAAAAUAUGAUGCAGAGAAUGAAGAGGAAUAUCGGACACCAAGUGGAUCCAUAGCUAAAGAUUCAGUGAGCUUUGCUCACUCCUGGAUUCUGUCAGAAGACCGUUGUGAUGGCACUUGUAAACUACAGCGUUCACUUGUGAAACUUGAAAAAACAAUUAGACUUGAGGGAGAGAACUCAAAAUGCUAUUCAACUGAGCAUGUGCUGCAAUGUGUGAAAGGGUGCACACCAACUGAGACUACCCCAGUCACAGUUGGCUUCCACUGUGUCCCAGCUGAUUCAGUUUCCAACCUGCUUGAAGGACAGAUGAAGUUUGACCAGAAGUCUGAGGAUACAGAGGAGGUAGUUGAAGCCCAUACCGCAUGUUCAUGCAGGGACCUUCACUGUUAGUUAUAAGGCUACAUUUCAGCAUAUGCAAAAGUUUGAGUGUUUAUUUUUAUUCUAUGACGCCAGAAAAUUCAUCCUAGGCAAGCAUAGAGUUGUUAAUUUAAGUGUUUAAAGUCCUACUGAAUCUUCUUAAAGAAAGCUGAUCUAAAGAAAUGUUCAACAUUAUCAUUGUAAAACUGUUCUGAAAAUUCAUAAACAUCUGAUUUCCUAAUAAAUUUUUGCAUUCAA